CGUGCAUUCUCCUCCACUUGAUGGUGGUGCGCAUCUCACCGACCGGGAAUACCGAUUUCUGAACAUUUCGGCCUUUUCCCCCCGCUGCACCGUAAGCUGUGCUUUUUGCUGCGAGCGGCUGCAAAGGGGAGCAGGUUGCAUUGGCGUCGUGGGGUUAAAGUGAAAGAUUACAUCGGUCAGUAUUAUGACAAACGGAGAUGACACACAUCCAGAAGGAGCUCUGUUUGUUUUGUAUGGCGAAAUGAGGCAGGGGGUGGAGAGUCGCCACAGAGACGCUGGGCUUCGGCCAAACAUCACCGCGUUUUAGCACUUAUUCGCUGCUCGGGAUUUGCAUUGCAUCGCAUUUGCUGCAUCGUUGAUCGGCCGGAUUCUUGCAAAGUGCAUGGUGGAAAAUGCAGCUUGUUUGAGGACACCCCCCCCUCCAGAUACCCGUUGCUGCCAUGAUAGGCAGAGGUCUCCUCUCGACCGCGGCUCGGGCGGUUGGAGAAAAGGCAGAUUGAUUUGGGACGGUGGGUCGCAUCUGCGGAUGUUAUUCUGUCUCUGGAGCUCGUAAAUAUCAUCCGCGCAAACACACAGUGAUUCUUACUCAGGGAAAAAAAAGAGGAGAAAGAAAACAACAUGUCUUCUCGGUCUGCAUUACCGUCUGGAAACGACAGGAGUACUGGAGACCAUCAUGUCUCGCUGGGGGCCAGCCGCUCAGACAAAGCCACCAGCCAGUCCAGCCGCUCACUGGGUGCUCGGUGCAGGAACUCCAUCGCCUCCUGCUCCGAUGAGCAGCCACACAUUGGCUGCUACCGUCUGCUCAAGACCAUUGGCAAGGGAAACUUCGCCAAGGUCAAGUUGGCCCGCCACACCCUGACGGGCAAGGAGGUUGCAAUAAAAAUCAUUGACAAAACUCAGUUGAACCCAACCAGCCUACAAAAGCUUUUUCGGGAGGUACGAAUAAUGAAAGGCUUAAAUCACCCUAACAUAGUGCAGCUGUUCGAGGUGAUAGAGACUGAAAAGACCCUUUACCUAGUCAUGGAGUACGCCAGUGGAGGUGAAGUGUUUGACUACCUCGUGUCUCAUGGGAGGAUGAAGGAGGCUGAAGCCAGAGCCAAAUUUCGACAAAUUGUUUCUGCUGUCCACUACUGCCACACGAAGAACAUUGUCCACAGAGAUUUGAAGGCGGAGAACCUUCUGCUGGAUGCCGACGCCAACAUCAAGAUCGCCGACUUCGGCUUCAGCAAUGAGUUCACACUGGGCAACAAGCUGGACACAUUCUGUGGCUCGCCGCCCUACGCUGCCCCAGAGCUUUUCCAGGGCAAGAAAUAUGAUGGGCCCGAGGUGGACGUCUGGAGCCUCGGAGUCAUCCUCUACACUCUGGUCAGCGGCUCGCUGCCCUUUGAUGGGCAGAACCUGAAGGAGCUGAGGGAGCGUGUGCUGAGGGGAAAAUACCGCGUCCCCUUCUAUAUGUCCACAGACUGUGAGGGGAUCCUUCGCCGAUUCCUGGUGCUCAACCCCGCCAAACGCUGCACCCUAGAGCAAGUCAUGAAGGACAAGUGGAUAAAUACAGGGUAUGAGGGGGACGAUCUGAAGCCCCAUGUGGAACCUGUUGAAGACUACAGUGAUCCAGCUCGCAUCGAGGUGAUGGUCGGGAUGGGUUUCACUCCAGAGGAAAUCAAAGACUCUCUGCUCAAUCAGAAGUACAAUGAGGUCACCGCCACCUACCUGCUGCUGGGCCGCAAAGGCGAUGAGGGCAGUGAGGCUCGCACAGCUAGUAGCCUGUCCCUGGCGAGGGUACGACCCAGCCCUAUCACCAACGGGACCAACAAGCACUCCUCAGCCACUGGCUCCUCUUCCUCCUCCACCUCCUCCUCGCAUAGCAAGACCCAGCGCAGUGCCUCCACCUACCACAGGCAGCGACGACACAGCGACUUCUGCGGGCCCUCCAUGCCCGUCAUGCACCCCAAACGGAGCCCGACGAGCACGGGUGACCGGGAGCUGCGGGAGGGACGAAUGCCUUCUCGUAAGGCCAGUUGCAGUGUGAUGGGGAGCCACAGUCUCCCUCCUUCCAGUCCAAUGGUCAGCAGUGCCAACAACCCCAACAAGUCUGAGAUCCCAGACCGCCGCAAAGACAUGACUGCCACCACGAAUAACAUCCCUGGAAGUGCCAUGACACGCCGGAAUACAUAUGUGUGCACUGACCGCUCAGGCGCUGACAGACAUUCUCUUCUGCAGAACGGCAAAGACAACAGCUCCCUGGGUCACCGCAUGCCUGCAGCGUCUCCCUCCACGCUUAGCAUUGCCGGCGCCGGAGCUGCCUCCUCCUCUUCCUCCUCUGACAGAUGCCGCCUGACUCGUGGCUCCACAAUCCGUAGCACCUUUCAUGGGGGACAGCUGAGAGACCGCGGGCCCCCGGUGUACUCAGCCCCACCCACUUCACCCACCUUGUCCCAUCAUGAUGCCAGCCCUCUGCCACACGCCCGCACCCGGGCCACGUCCAACCUCUUCACCAAGCUGACCUCGAAACUCACUCGCAGGGUCAACCUUGACCCGUCCAAGCGCCAGGGCUCAAACAAAUCAGUCUCGGGUUGUACUCUUCCACAAGGAUCAAAAACAGUUAGGUCACAAAUGAAUCUGAGGGAAUCAGGAGAUUUGCGGUCACAAGGUCAGUGCACGUGUUCCAGAUGCGUUGCCCCUCUCCAUAGUUGCCAUCUACCUGGGUAUCAAAAAACGUCCGAGCCCCGGGCCGUCGGACGUGGCUGGGAUCUGAGAGGCGGCGGGCGGCGGGACCCUGCGGAGGUGGUACUGGCUCUGCGGGAGGCAGCGCUUGGAUGUGGCUGCCAGGUCCACCAUGCCGGCCCCUUUCUGCUCUCCUGCACCCACGGCGUGGCAGGGGGCCGCGUGGCUUUUGAGGCCGAGGUGUGCCAUCUUUCCACAGGCACCUCCGAGACUUCUAACGGGGUGCGCUACACGCGACUCUGGGGGGCACCGCUAGCUUUUCGGGACAUUGCCACCCAGAUCUCUAAGGACCUUGAACUUUGAACGGAGGGUGUGUUUGCGUACCAGUGUGUGUUACUGUGUGAGUGAGUGUUGCUGUGUGUGCACAAAGGGAGUGGGAGGUGGGGGGGUGGAAGUAAUUAAAAAAAAAAAAACAACAUAGAAGGGGCGAGGGGCUGGACCCGAGAGAAAAGACUUCUCCUUCUGUCUCUUUCAUGACUGCCCCCUUGUACACACACACACACACACACACACACACAGAUACACACACACCUGACCCGUAAAGUCGCACAGACUGAAGCACCCCUCCUCCACUCAAUCACUCCACCCAGGUCAGCUAACUUCUUCACUGAGCAACUGCACCCACUGGACCUGGAUCAGAUGGAAUCUAGUUGAAUAUUUUUUAAUGCUACUUUAGCCAUAUUGACUCUUUAUUUUGUUAUUUAUUGCUCUGAUCAUUGUUUUUUCCCCACUGUCACUUUCACCACUACAGAGGAACAUCAUCUCUUGUGUAUCGGAUGUCAUUGCCCAUCCAGUCCUUUUUUAAAAUUGUU